CGUACUCUGCACGGUUUGGACUCCGCUCCGGCCCUCGCGCGAGGGAAAAUUUUUCGUCCCCCAGAAGAAGAAGAAGAAGAAAAAAAAUAUAAUUUUUCCACCGGGGCCGAAAGUUUCUCCCGCGGCGGCGGCGGCGGCGGCAGAAGGAGAGGGAGAGCGAGCCGGGGUUUGGAGCGGACGGCCGGCUCACUCGGUACCCGACACCGCGGCUGCGGCCUGGAUGCAACAGGACUCGGGCCCGGCUGCCCCGGCUCUAAAUCUGCCCGGAUUUCACCCCCUCCUCAGCCGGCGUCCUCACUGGGGACUGAGGAAGGGACCCGGCCAUCGUGAACUUGGCGCAAGGUAAAAUCCAGACUAUUGAUGGGAGAAUCACCUGUCCGUUAAAAGUCCAAUUGGCUACCUUGCUGCCAGUAUGGAUGAGCAGCAAGCUCUUCACUCCAUCAUGCAAGAUCUGGCUGUGCUCCACAUGGCUAGUCGACCUCUCCUCCCAUUACACGAUACUGGGAAACCUAAGACCUCGUCGUCCAGUAAUCAGAAUGAUGUUCGAGUCAAGUUUGAAUACCGUGGUGAGAAGAGAAUCCUUCAGUUUCCCAGGCCAGUCCUUCUCGAAGAUAUUGCCACUAAAGCCAAGGUUGCCUUUGGUCAACUGAUGAGCCUGCACUACACCAAUAAUGAGUUAGUGAUCCCUCUGACCACGCAGGAUGAUCUGGAUAAAGCCAUCGAACUCCUGGAUCGCAGUGUUCACAUGAAGAGCCUGAAAAUUCUGUUGGUGCUUCAAUCAAACAACCAGGUAACAAAUCUCAGCAACGUGGAAGCAUUACAAACGUUGGAUGACUUGGACAAUAGCACAGUCUAUGUGGGUGCAGAGAGGAAAAACAGACUGCCCUUGAUACCUUCCCAGACAUCCGAUCGGAGCUCUCCGCCACCGGGAUACAUUCCAGAUGGGCAACAGCAAGUGGCACGAAAUGGAUCCUAUACCAGCAUCAACAGUGAAGGCGAAUUCAUCCCCGAGAGCAUGGACCAAAUGCUGGACCCACUGUCGAUGAGCAGCCCUGAGAACUCGGCAUCAGGGAGCUGUCCAUCCCUCGACAGUCCCUUAGACAGCGAUAGCUACCCUAAAUCUUGGAUGCCCAGGGCACAGAGCUAUCCAGAUAAUCAUCAAGAUUAUUCAGAUUGUGAUAUUCCAACGUUUGAGAAAAUUGGGAAAGGUGGGACAUAUCCACGAAGGUAUCACAUCUCCUAUCAUCACCAUGACUACAGUGACGGUCGUAAAACGUUCCCCAGGGCAAGAAGAACCCACGGUAACACUUUCCGCUCUCCCGUCAGCUUCAGUCCCACGGAGCAUUCCUUGAGUACCAGCAGCGGGAGCAGCAUUUUCACUCCGGAGUAUGAGGACAGCAGGAUGAGAAGAAGGGGAAGCGACAUCGACAAUCCAACGCUCUCUGUCAUGGACAUCAGCCCCCCCAGCCGUUCUCCAAGAGCACCCUCGAACUGGAGACUGGGCAAGUUGCUGGGCCAGGGGGCGUUCGGCAGGGUUUAUUUGUGCUAUGAUGCCGACACAGCAAGAGAACUGGCAGUGAAACAAGUCCAGUUCGACCCAGACAGUCCUGAGACAAGCAAGGAGGUGAAUGCUCUUGAAUGUGAGAUCCAAUUAUUGAAGAAUCUGCACCACGAGAGGAUUGUCCAGUAUUACGGCUGUUUGAGGGACCCUCAAGAGAGAACUCUUUCUAUCUUUAUGGAGUAUAUGCCAGGGGGUUCAAUAAAGGAUCAGCUCAAGGCCUAUGGUGCACUGACAGAGAACGUGACCCGCAGGUACACUCGGCAGAUCCUAGAAGGUGUUUCCUACCUGCACAGUAACAUGAUUGUGCACAGAGAUAUAAAAGGAGCGAACAUUUUACGGGAUUCUGCCGGUAAUGUUAAACUGGGAGAUUUUGGUGCCAGUAGAAGGUUGCAGACAAUCUGUCUAUCGGGAACGGGCAUGAAGUCAGUCACUGGCACACCGUACUGGAUGAGCCCAGAAGUGAUCAGUGGUGAAGGUUAUGGCAGAAAAGCAGAUAUCUGGAGUGUUGCUUGCACGGUUGUGGAGAUGCUCACUGAGAAGCCCCCUUGGGCUGAGUUUGAAGCCAUGGCAGCCAUAUUCAAGAUCGCCACUCAGCCGACGAACCCUCAGCUGCCACCUCACGUGUCAGACCACAGUCGGGACUUUUUGAAAAAGAUAUUUGUGGAGGUGAAGCAGAGGCCGUCAGCGGAGGAACUGUUGCGCCACACCUUUGUGCACUAUCACUAGCAACUAACCUCAACAUCUGAUGCAUUUAUUUUCUAUCUGAUUGCACUUUUUCAAUGUAUAAUUUUGGUGAUUCUAGGUGUUUCCUAGGUUGUAAUUUAUACUUAAAUUUGUAUUUAUAAUGAAAUUUUUUUGCAUUCUCACAAAGGGAAUGUUCAGAAGGUUUUUUACAGUGUAUUCACACAGUACUCUGAUGUCCUUCAAGGUAAAGCACUUUAUUACAUAAUUCAUUCCUGAUUAUUCAUCGCCUGAUAGAGUGGCAGGUCCUAAACCCCCCCACCCCCAGAAAUAAGAAUUCAUUUGUCAUUUGUAAGUAGCAGAGACUGAGCCUCCCUAAAUGUGUAGAACCUGCAGUAUGUUAUACAAGAGACUGUUAUGCAAAUCAUUUCAGCAAAGGUAGUCUGUUGCAGAAUAUCUACCAUGGUGUUUUCAUAUAACCUAAAGCCAAGAAGCUCUGCAGGUCUGCUGUUAAGGCACUGUCACACCAUAGAACCCCAAAUUAUCAAGACAGAGGUAUAGUCGGACUGUGUAACCCAAAGUAACCAUCAAUUCCUCCUCCUUCAACAUCCACAGAGGCAUAUAAGCCAUGGUCUAGAUGAGCUGUUUCGGUAAGAGUUUGGUAUCAGCCAGGGGGUCACAGGGUCUGGUGUUUGCUGCAUGAGGACCCUGCCCUGGAAAUGUUUCUCCUCUUAUUGGCAGUGCCUGCUGCCGUCACUGCACGAGGCCAGUGUGUUAUUGGUCUUUACUGUGUGUGCUCUGUGUGUAUCUUUGCCAUUGGGCCCUUUUGAGUGGGUAUCUAGACAAAGAAAGAUGUUUGUUUUGGGCAGACACCAAAUCUGGUUUGUCUGCCUGCAAGUGGUACGUGUGCAUUUCUGCAGCACUGCCUUAGGCUGAGUGCCAUCGAAGCAUCAUUAUAUGGAAUUGCAGCUUUCAUAGUAAACUGAUGCUGACAUCCUCGACUUGGGCCUGCAGUCCAGAAAUUUUACUCCCAGCCAUGCCUAGCAGUGUGGUCCUGAGCUCCUAAAAGCUUCAUGUUUAAGACAUUAUCUGAGCUUAAUUAAUCUCAGGAACUUACAGUGCUAAAACAAAUCAAACCAUGCUUCCCUAUUUUCAAACAAGGUAUCAUUUGAUUCAUGUUUACAGACCCCUAGUUUUUCUUUUGUGGAUGGAAUUAAGGCCAUCUUCCAACUUAGGUGUUUGUUUUUGUUUUGUUAGUCCUCCCCUUGGAAGCAAUUUCUGCCAUUAGAUGCUAGCAGACCCAUCUGGCCAUUGCAUUCUGUGUUCUGUGAGGCUUCCACUGCUAUCUGCUUGUUGCUGCUCUUUCAUUGGUGAGACGACCACGGGCACAAGGACUGCAGUGGUUCAAGUAGAAGGCCCCCAACCACCUCAGGGCAGCUAGGGAUGGCCAAGCCAGUCUUACCCAUGUCCUGAGAACAGUUUAUAAAAGGCCAUUUACAUGCUUCUACAAAACAGUAUUCUAGAUUUGACGGCACUAGCUCAACACCGGUUAGGUAGUUCAGUGCCCCAGGGUUAGCCUCAAUUCAGCCAUUGGGCUGCCCACCUCCAAUUUCCUGGCUCAAUGUAUCAGUAUGUGGAGGUUGAACAAAGAAGGAAGAAUAUUUGAUGAGCUAGUUUAGAUAUGGUAUUCCCAUUAUUGAAAUGCAGUUCAACCUUUGCAUCUAACAUUGCUUUCUUGUUCUAGAGCUUCCUAACUUUCAGCCCAUUCAAAAUUAUGCUGCAUCCCUUCAUGGUCUCACACUUCCCCAUCUCUUGUUACAUCUUUCAGCCUUACACUCUUCCGAAAUCUCUGUGACCCUCCGAUUCUGGCCUGUUCUGUAUCCCUGAUUUUAAAUUGCUCCCCCCAUUGGUAGCCAUGCUUCAGCUGCCUGGGUCCCAAGCUCUGGAAUUCCCUUCCUAAAACCUCACCGACUCUUUCCCUCUCUCAGCUCCUUUAAAACUCUCAGUUUGGUUGCCUGUCCUAAUAUUGCCUUAUGUGGCUCGGUGUCAAAUUUUAUUUGAUAAUCACUCCUGUGAAGCGCCUUGGGAUGUUCAAGAUGCUAUAUAAAUGCAGAUUGUUGUGGACUAUAUCCUUCAAUGUGCUGUACUGACCUGGCUUUAUUGCCACUGCCUCUCAAAAGAACUGUAUUACAUCCUCAGAACAUGCUCCCCGCCCCCCCCCCCGCCAAUCCAUUUGGAUGAGUGCCUAUUUGUGUCGAUGUGAAAGUGAGACUACUUUCCAAGAAUGGGAAAGACCAACCAAAUAAACACAGUCUGAUCCAGAUGUACAGGCAGGCUAUUUAAUUUUUGGUCAUUUUAGUGCAGAGCAGCAUUAAGCAUCACAGCAUAAAGAUACCAUAUAGGCUUGCAGUACAGAUGUUAAUUGUAUUCCCCUGUCUAAUUGGAUGUCCUGCCAACACUGAACAUUGUUGACCAUUGUAGGUGGCCAAAUAGCGAAUGUAUGUAGAUUUAAUUCAUUAAUGCUGUAAACACACAGAAGUCAAUCAAUAUCUGAAAGAGAAAAGCAAGUUGAUAUUUCAACGGGAUUUUUUUUUCUCAACACUUGGUUAAUCCAGUCAGUUUGCCAAAAUCUGGUUGGCAUCCGUUCUAAACCAAAUGAGGUGAGAGAUCCUGUGUUUGCGUAUCAGACCUAAGCUCUAAGCCUGGCCGGGACAAGAAUGUUUGAGGAGAGGGGUCAAUAGCUUUAUUUGGGUACUGGCAACCAGGGCUGCUUGUAACCAUAUUUCCUGAACAAAUUGUGCUGUAUGUGAUCUGUGUUAAAGGAAGAUAAUUCCUGGUACCUAUUGUCAAUUGUUAAUCCUUGCAUAGUACGUACUCAGUAAGCUAUCCUAAUUUGCCUAAAGUAUUGAAUCGUCUUUCAUCUCCCUCACCCUCUGCCAGUUAGAAAUAGUGCUUUGAAUGAGCAAUGUCAGAUAAGAGGUUUAAGAUGCAUCACCACAAGGGUCCUUGAUAAUUCAGUCAGUGCUACACUGACAUAUUUGCCUUUAUGACAAACAUUCACGGUCUUAAUGAAACUGAAGAGGUGCCUACAGUGACACCAAUACUUCUGGCAACAGACUGUUUAGAUGAGUCAAAAACACCCGUCUUUCAUUGCCUGAAACAUUUGACCAGUAGGGGGUCAGUUUUAACCAAAGGUGCCCCAUCGAGCAAUUGAUAGGAUCAGCUGCAGCUCUGGUUUAAAAAUCAGCCUGAUUUUACUCCCAGAAUCAGCGGAGAGCAGUAUUGCUUGGCGGGAAUAAAGCCAACAUUCCACCUGAUCCUCGGGGGUUACCACCUGGCAGGUUUGGUUAAAAAAAAGUGACCCGGAGCUCUUUGUGUGGCAGCUUCCACAGGAGUUUUAAUAUCUCCAGCCUCUAGCCAGGGCUGCCAUAUUGCUGACUGAUGUUUGGCAGUGUUAACGGUACAGAGACUAAGUAAUGGGCUCUUUUGUGUAUUAUCACCAUGAGGUUAAUUAAGACCUGGUCAAUUACAAGCUGUUUGAAAAGAUUAGUCUGAUUUGUUAUGGCCCCUAGUUAAUAAAUAGCAAGGGUGUUACUUGCUGCAAGUGCCACUUACGUGGAUGGUGUACCAUUUGUUGCUGGACUCUGGCUGCUACAGGCCGAGCAGUGAACAAGAUGUCCUAUAUUCCAGACCCAUUAUUAUGGGCCCUUUAUGGAAGGCCACCCAUUGAAACAUGACCUAAUUCCCUAUUCAAGCAGCAGGUAUUAACUCCGUUCACGAAAUCUGAAACUGAGCACUGGCUUCACAAUAAAGUACAGAUGUUAAACUUUAUAUUUGCAGUUGGGAGAUUCCAACAAAAAUAAUGAUUAAAAAAACGAGCUUGUCUCAAAAGAAAUCAUUGUGGGCGAUCCCUCCUCAAUUCUAUACAAGGUCAAAGACCUGCAACUUCCGCCUGAACAGCACUGUGCGUGUGCCUACACCACAUGGAUUGUUGCAGUUCAGGGAGGCGGCUCACCACAACCUUCUCAAGGGUAAUUAGGGCCUUGCCACUGAUGCUCUCAUCCCAUGAAAGAAUUGAAAAAAACAAAUUCUUUAUGCCACUGAAUCAGUUUUGAAGAAUUGAUCAUUCAGUAUGUAGGAGUAGUUGCAAUCAAAACCCAAUCCGAAGUUAAUGCAGGAAUUAUUUUUAUAUCUUUAUUUAUGUUGUGGAUUAUCAAGGUGAGGGAUAUCAGCACUGUGGAGUUGAACACUUUGUUCCAACUGCCAAAUGUCAUUAUCAAACACUCCAAGGGCAGGCAUUGCGUUGUGUUAGACACAGAGUAAAGCUCCCUCUACACUGCCCCCCCGUCAAACACUCCCAGGACAUGUACAGCACGGGGUUAGAUACAGAGUAA